AUGUAAGAACAAUAAAUUGUUGCAGGAAUGUGUUUAGAAGAUUAAAAACGAUUAGAUGAUUUAUUUAAUCAAGUAAUAUGUAAAGUGGAAAACAAUAAUAUGAAGUUUCAUGAGUUCUUGACUUUUUUAUUGGAAAGAGAAUUGAUAACUGCAAAGUUCAAUUUUAAUUUCUACUUUAAUCUAUAUUAAUAACACUUUGCCUUAGAAGAAAUAGUUUAAAGAGUUACACAAGCUCCAAAAAAAGGAGCAAAAGAACCUAUCAAUAUAAUAAAGGAUGAUACACCCAAAUUUAGUAGAACUAAGUUUUUGAGAUUGAUUGAUUCCCUAGGUAAAUCUCUUUAUUAAGGAUAAAAGAAAUAUUUAGAUUUCAUUAUGAAAGAUGUUUUCAUAGACAAUAAAAGAAAAACUUAAAUAAGAAUGAUAAUUCUUGAUGAUCCUAAUAGAAAAUUACUUCAUGAAUAGGUUGUUAAAACUAUUAUUGCAUAUGAAGAGGAUAUCCAAGCACUCUUCACUAUGUAUUUACCAGAAAAUUAUUAUAAAAAUGAACUCAUGUUAACUUGGAAAGAAAUUAAAUUAAUGAAUCUCAGAAUUCCAAUUUUCUCAUUUAUUCAAAUGCUUUAAGACAUGAAUAUUCAUCCUACUCAUUACAAUUAUGAAAACAUUGAAGAUGUAUGUAUGAGAAUUAUACCUGCAAUAACUCCAAAAGAAAACUAAUUUUAUUAAUCUAAUAGUAUUUAAUAAAUAUGUGAAAUGAUUAAUAGUGGAAGAUUUAAACCAUAACAUUAUUCUGGUGAUCCUAAAAUUUCAUAUUUGGAAUUUUAAUUCUUGAUUUGCAAAAUGGCUGCAGAAAUAGCAAAUAGAGAAACUUAACAAGAUUCAAAGAAGGAAAUUUCUCCAUUAAUCAUAAAAUUCUUUUAAAAAAUGAUCGAUUUGUAAAUAAAUGGGAAUAGAGUCCAUGAAGAGAAAUCAAAACAUUUAACUUUAAUAAAAAAAUAUUAUGAAAUAUUAGAUAAACCAGAUGAUUUUAUUUAAGAGCAAAUUAACACUUAAUCUGAAGAGUAGGAUAUGAAAUAAUAGAAUUAUUUGUUUCUCACUCGUAAACCAGAUCAAUUAGAUAUAAAAGAGAUUUGGUAAUUUUUUUAAUAGGACUUACCACAAUUCCCAGAAUUAAAAUCAUAGGUUGAUUUGGCUUAGGAUUUCAUAAAAUCAAUGAAAGAAAAAGAAAAAAGAGAAGAAUUAGCAAGAAAAUUAGAGGAAGAUAAGAAAAACAAGAAUAAACCUUAACCUAAAUAAUAAUUAAAAAAAGGAGAAUAACCAAUGAAAUAUUGUAUUGAUUAAUAAUAUAUAUAUUUUAGAAUGGGAACCAUUAGUAUAACCACCAAGAAUAUUUACAUAUCAAUAUUUUAUUGAUUUUGUAAAAAAAACUAAAUAAACUAAUCCACUUCGAGAUUUAAAUGAAUUAAGCACAUUAAGUAAUAUAACAGUUGCUCCAGUUAUGUUACCAGAAUGUCUUUAUCCACAUGAUCCUCCAUAAUAGGUUAGAACUAUGAUAGAAGCUUCAUUAAUGUCAUUUACAUAAUAAAAUUAUUUCUUAGCUAUGCAGAAUUUAAAUUAAGCAUAAGAAUUAUGGCAAUCUUUAACAGAAUUACAUGAUUCAGAAAUGGUGUUUUUUGAAUAUUUUGGUGGAUAGAUAUAUGAGAUAGCUGGAUAGGAUGAAGCUGCUUUAAAUAAAUUUCUUAGGGUUAAAUUUCAUACUGAUAAAUUAUAGGCAGAACAUCCAGAUAAAGCAUUGUAUAAAAUAUUAUUAUUUUAGACCUUAUUGUGGUAUUGGUUCAGUGUUAUAUCAUAUGUAGGAGUAUGAAUUAGCAGUUAGAGCAUUUAUGAAAGCAAGAAUCAUAAGAGAAAGUUCAAUAGGUGAUGAGAAUAUUGAGAAUGCCAUAACAUUUAACAAUUUAGGAUGUGCAUUACAUUAGAAUGGUAAUUUAUUUGCUGCUGAAAAUUGUUACAUAUUUGCUAUAACUAUAUUAGAAAUCCAUUUAGGUACAAUGAAUGCUAUGACAAUGAAUGUAAAUAUGAAUUUUAAUAAUUUAGGUAAAACGGAACCUGCAAAAGUUAAAAGCAAAUAAAUAUUGUAAAUAAUGAAA